AUGGGUGUUCGUCCUUUCAUCCGAAGAGCGCGAAUCGUGUUCCGCCGUGUAUCAGACAGUGACAAUGAUUUUACGCAUAAUACGGCCCGUGAUGGCAAAUAUGGCCCUCAAAGUCCCAGAAGCUCUGUGGCACUCGAGGAAAUACCCGAUGGGAGUGCCCAGCAUGGUGUCCAAGACGUCGAGGCCGUGACGAUGGCGUGGACGAGGGGUACUCUAAUCGCAGUCUUCAUCAACAUUUGGUUUCUUUAUUUUGUGAAUGCGUUUCAAUCUACGGUGACCGUCACCCUGAACCCGUAUGUGACAAGCUCAUUUAAAGCACAUUCGUUGUCCGCGGUUCCCACUGCCCUAGGUGAUGUUUUUGCCGCUGCUACCUACCUACCUGUUGCAAAAAUUAUGGAUGUGUGGGGUCGUGCAGAAGGAUUUCUCCUGAUGGUUAUAUGUACAACGAUCGGCUUAGUUCUCAUGGCGACCUGUAAUAGCUUUCAGAUCUACUGCGCUGCCAACGUCUUUUACUAUGUCGGUUUCUACGGCAUGGAAUACGCAGUCGACGUUAUGACAGCUGACGUUUCGACCUUGAGAAACCGUGCUUUCGCCUAUGCGUUCACUUCCUCCCCCUACAUCAUCACGGCAUUUGCGGGACCUAAAGUGGCGAAUGAAUUCUACUACCAGGUUUCCUGGCAAUGGGGCUUUGGCUGCUGGGCAAUCGUCGUUCCUAUCGUGGCAACUCCGCUAUACAUUAUGCUAAAGUGCAAUCUGCGCAAGGCGGAGAAAGAAGGUUACAGAAUCAAGAGACCAAGUGGUCGCACGGUACUCGAAAGUAUCUGCCAUUGGACUAUCGAAUUUGAUGUCUUUGGAGUCUUCCUGUUCACUGCUGGUCUUGUGUUGUUUGAACUUCCUUUUGACCUCGCCCAUUACGCCCCCGAUAACUGGGCUUCUGGCUAUAUUAUUGCCAUGCUCGUCGUCGGUUUCUGUAUGCUUUUCUUCUUCGCAAUCUGGGAAAAAUGGCUGGCUCCAGUCCCUCUUUUCGAGUGGCGACUUCUUACGAACCGCACGAUUAUCGGUGCAGUCCUCUUGGAUGCAACCUAUCAGCUCUCAAACUUUUGCUGGAGUUAUUACUUUACGUCUUGGCUGCAAGUCAACAAUGACCUAUCCAUUACCACUUCCAACUAUAUUGUCAAUAUCUUUGAUAUGGUCUCUGGUGUGCUUUUACUAGGCAUAGGUUGGCUAAUUCGGAGAGUUGGUUUCUACAAGUGGACCCUAUAUAUUGCGAUUCCGCUCUAUAUCUUCGCCCAGGGCUUGAUGAUAUACUUCCGCCAGCCUAACAUGAAUGUUGGCUACCAAGUGAUGUGCCAAAUCUUCCUUGCUAUCGGUGGUUCAAUCUUCAUUCUUGUUGAGCAGCUUGCUAUCUUAGCGGCUGUUGACCACCAACAUGUCGCUACAGCGCUAGCCCUAUUGAAUGUGGUUGGCACUAUUGGCGAUAGUGCGGGUCUCACCAUCAGCACCGUCAUCUGGCAAAACACAUACAUGAAAGCUCUUUUUCGAUACCUCCCAGAAUCGGCUAUGCCGAAUCUGAACAACAUCUAUGAGGAUCUCGUCACACAGCGGAGCUAUGCUGUUGGAACUCCCACCAGGCUGGCUAUUCAGAAGGCCUAUGCCUACGCCGAACUUCGACUACUUGCUGUAGGAUGUGGCAUUAUACUUCUGGCGAUACCUUGCACUGUGUUGAUGAAGGAUAUCAAUUUGAAUAGGAAGCCACAGGUCAGGGGUACGGUCUUUUAG